CUCUUUGGUUUCAGCUUUAAUAGACUCAUAAUCAUAUUGAAUUGAAAAUGGUCGACUCCAUCAGCACCACCAACAAAAACGCAGCCGUUGACCCCUACAAGGCGCACAACUACGAGGACCUCCCUCUUGACCAAAAGAUCAACGAGCUUGUCAUCUUCGUCCAAGGAAUUAAAUAUGGCAUGUUGACGACCAAACUGUCCAGUGAUUCAGACCUCCUAGCGUCACGGUGUAUGGCCUUGGCCGGACAGGAAAACGGCGGCAUCGACCUCCUCUUCCACACAAACCUCUUCUCCGGCAAAACCAUGGACCUCACCGUCCACCCCACCGAAACCAACAUGUCCUUCCUCGACCCCGUCAGCGGUGCCUGGGCAUCCAUCUCCGGCACAGCUUCCAUCAUCGGCGACCCCAAGGUCGUUGAGAAAUACUACACGCCCGUUCUGAAGACCUGGCUAGGCGAUAUGGGUGAUGGUGUGCAUGAUGGUGGUCCUGCUGAUCCGCGGAUUGGUGUUAUUAAGCUGGAGGCGAAGUUGGCGACGUAUACCCUUGCACGGAAGGGGAUUGUUGGACGGGCGGUUGAUGAGGUUAGGGGUGUUGUUAAGGGUGAGGUUCCUGCGAUUAACAAGAUCCGGGAGGUGAGCCAGUCGGAGUUGGCUGAAUGGCGCCGGACGCACAAGCAAACUAAUUAAGACCCAUUGCAUAUGGAGUCAUGAUCUCACGAGCCCAUGCUUUUUGUCACAUGUUCUAUUAUGGUGUAAUAGUACCUGGUUCUCAUAAUUGAAGUCAAUUCAACAAGUCUGCAG